AUGGAGUCCCAACUAAGCAGAAUUAAAGGACAGAAUGAAGAAACAGUCACAGAGAACUUUUCAAGAAGCGAAAAUGAUCCAAAUGUACGAUCAGGAGACCAUGUGGACAACGGCCAGCAAGCUGUGACGCAGUUGAAUUUUGAGGAGGUUUUGCUAAACAAUAACAAUGUUACUCCACGUCAGGUCGGCCAGAUUUUGCGAUGUCUCGGCGAUGAGAUAAACGACUUUUUCAAAGUUCCUGUGAGGAGCAGUAAAAAUGGAUGAACUGUCGAUGAUUAGCGGAAAGAAAAGAGGAAAGAAAAGUUGUCAAGGCUCGAUUCAACGCACCCGUUGGAGGGUAAACUUAAAUGUAGUUGGGGUUUGGUGAAACCUUAACAGACCAAGUUCAUUGCAACUUUAGCUUCGAUUUAUUGCUUUUUUUCUAGUUUUCCAUCAAGAAACGUGUUUGGAUUGUUAUACAAUUUACAUUCACGUGCCCUUGGGAUGCGAUCUGCCAAGGCGACGGUCGGUUGUCAAACCACGAUUGGCUCGUGCAGCAAGAAUCAUAAAUUUGCUUUGUUAUUGACAGAGGGAGUUGAAAGUGCUCCUUAA